AUGAACGAGGAGCACCAGAAAAAGCUUGAAGAGAAGGUCAAGCGCAUGAACCAUAUGAUGGAGCAACCGGCUCCUAUGGAUCUAGAUGUUCGUCAGCAGCUUGGGAGAGCUUUCAGACGCGAGAUCAUGUCGGUUAACCACCGUGCUAGCGUGGCCAUGGGAUGGAAUGUCGGCACGCUCAUGUCUCCCCAGUUUGAGACCGAUUGGAUGCUUACUACACCUAUAGUCUCAUCUACUCAGAACGCAUUGAAUAAGAUUGGAGGGCGUCCAAACUUCCAUCGACAUUGUCAAGGAACAACAGGCGGCCCUCGUUUGACCAGAAAGCCUACCAAAAAGAAAAGCACGGUUAAGGACCUCAUGAUUGAACUCUGUAACAACGAAGUCGACAAAGUUUCCGUGGAAAAGUUUCAAGAGGGUGUCAAACGGUGGGAUAAUUCGCUACAGAAAUGA